AUGCAAAGGCUUUCUCGUUCUGCGUUUCAACAUGGCACCACCAAGCAGCAAUCCUGCUUGCUCAUGAGCAAGACCAACACGAUCAUCAUGAAUCAUAGAGUGCCUUCCACAUGGUUCGGAAACACAAAAUCAUUCAAGGGAUUCUCUCAUCAUGAUUAUCAGGAAUCUAUCAGCCGUUGUUUUUCUGUUAAUUUGGCAAAGAGAAAUAUUGGAUCUACGGAGGAAAAAAUUUCUAGCACACCAACAACAGCAGCAACACCAAACGCUUCGGUACAAUCCUUUGAAACAGUAUCAAAUACUACUACAUCAACCGCUCAAUCAGUACCACCACAAAAACCGGUAGCUUUUGAAGAACCACUCCACGAAAAACAAAGUUUUAAUUUGGAUGAUUUUGAAGAUGAUGUUGCCGGACAACAAUUGGAGGCAGCAGAAUCGAUUAGCUCACUCUUUUCUUCAUUUACUGAUUACAUUAAUCCUUCAAAGAUUUUGGAAGCUUGUAUUGUUGCUCUUCACGAUGCUGGUUGCCCCUGGUGGGGAAGUAUUGCUCUUGUUGGUUUUGGACUUCGUAUGCUUAUGUCUCCACUCAACAUUAUGAGCAUGAGAGCAAGUACUAUCAUGUCCAAGAUGGGAAACAGUUUCACACAAUUGAAAAAGGAUCAAGUGGAUCCCAAAAAGAGCCCUGCAGAACGAGAGCAUGCUAGACGAUCAUAUGAUGAAAUGGCCAAGAAAGAGGGAUUCAAAAUGUCCCACAUGUUCUUGCCUUUAAUUCAAAGUCCUCUUUUUAUUGCCUUCUUCUUUUGUUUGAAUAGAAUGGCAAGAGAAGUUGAAGGAUUCCAAUGGGGAGGAAUGUUGUGGUUUACUGACCUGACAUUGAAGGAUCCAACUUAUAUUCUUCCUAUUAUCUCUGCAUCUUGCUUUAUGGCUGUUUUUCUUGUGAACACUUUCCUUAGAAGCGCUGGAUCAGGUAGACUUCAAUCCGUGAUUGCUGUUGGUAUGGGUAUUUUCUCAUUUGCCCUUGUACCUUUUACAGGCAGACUUCCUGCUGCACUUUUCAUGUAUUGGAUCCCUUCUAACCUUUUCCAAAUUAUAUUUUACUUACUAAUGUCAAGAAAACCAAUCAAAAGAUAUUUCAAAAUUCCUGAUGUAGAUACUGCAAAGGGAGCAAAUAAGGGAAUGGAUAAGAUUGAGAAAAUGAUUGAUAAAUUCAUGCCAACCAAAGCAAAGUCACCAGUACAUGCAAAAUUGAUGACCAAGCAAGAUUUUGAUAAAAUAAGGGGAAUCAAACAUUAA